CGAAGGGCUGAGUCGCUUAAGACUAUCGUCCUGUUUGUCAUGCCACGGCCGCGACUGGUAGUGUUCUUCGCUACUCUCAUCCACAUUCACAUUCUGCAACUAAGCGUACCAGGUUUGGUAACUGUAAAUAAUGAGCUCGACCCCAUUUCAGCCAGCCAGAAUGCUGCUGUUGAGCAGGGUGGCGGCCUUAAGGAUAUCGGCAUCUUUAGAGGCGAUUCAGUUGACGGAGGCCGUGGCGUUUGCAAGCGCGAGCUGCGGAUGGACCGAAUUUGCUGUUCCGCUCACGGCUUGUCAUUGUUGAUUACAGGCAUCAAGGGGGACAAACGCCACACCAUACUGCUCGACACAGGUCCAGAGGAGAUGAUCUUUGAGCUCAAUGCGAAGCGUCUGCGUGCCGAGGUCGGCAACAUUGAAGUCGUUCAGCUGUCGCAUUGGCAUCGUGACCACUCCGGAGGCAUGCUCAGAGUCCUCCAAAUGGCCAAUGCAGCCAAGCAACACAACUUCCCCAUCAGCGUGGAUCUGCAUCCUAAUCGACCGGAUUACCGCGGUAUAAUGGCUAUGGCACCGAUAUCGAUGGAGGCUGAUCCAAGCUUCGCCGAGAUAGAGCACGCUGGCGGCAGAGCUGCGAAGAGUGACAAGGCGCACACAGUGCUUGAUGAUAUGUUCCUCGUUUCCGGCGAGAUACCACGGGUCACUUCGUAUGAGCUGGGCCUGAAACGAGGCAUCAGAUUUGUUGCUGAGAAAGAUGAAUGGGAAGAAGACACCCUCAUGCAGGACGAACGCUUCUUGAUGUGCAAAUUGAAAGACAAGGGUGUUGUGCUGUUCACUGGCUGCUCGCACGCAGGCGUGGUGAACGCCUCACGUCAUGCCGUAGAACUCGGUAAAGGAACGCCAUUGUAUGCCGUCAUGGGCGGCUUCCAUCUUGCGGACGGCGAACCUGAUACGAUCGCACACACUGUGGCGGACCUGAAAGCCUUGGAUCCGAAAGUGCUAUUGACGGGUCAUUGUACCGGGUGGCGAGCCAAGUUCGAGCUUGAGAAGGCGAUGCCUGGAAGGCUCGUGCCAAGUUUCGUGGGCUGCAUGUUCAAGCUUUAA